CAAAACCCUAAUAAUGCUCGCCACCAGCCGUUGCAAAAGCUAAGGAAUCUCCAAAUUCCGCCUAUGGAAACAAUGAGACCCUCUUGGGGGAAGUUGGGGGUUGUGGAUACCAUCUACGAGGAAGAAGAUUAUGACCGCCGCUCCUCCUCCUCUUCCUCCCCUUCUCUCUCCCGUUCCCUCUCUUCCCCUGCCUCGCCGCUGGAUUCUAGAAUCGAGGCUUGGUCACUGACUACGGGGCGGAAGACUGAUGUGUUGAUUCAUGUUCAGGGGACAUCUUUCCGUCUGCACAAGGAUCCUCUGUCAUCAAGGAGCAUCUAUUUAAGACGGAAGCUAACUGAUCAAUCUGAAAUAACGCUCUCUCCUCCGUUAAACAUAACGGCCGAAACGUUCUCUCUUGUGGCCGACUUCUGUUACGGGACCGGCCUCGCCUUAACUCCGUUCAAUGUCGCCCCGCUACGCUUAGCUUCAGAGCUCCUGCAAAUGACCGAGACGGCGGGAGAAGGCGACGAAAACUUGAAGCAGAUAACGGAGUCGUACUUCCGCCGCAUUCUGGCAGUAAACGGAGAAUACGCUUCGAUUGUUUUCAAGUCUUGCCUAGCUCUGCUGCCGGAGGCCGAAACGACGGGGUUUCUGAUCAGCAGAUGUGUGGAGGCGUUGUGUUUGACGGAAGAUGGAGACGGCGUCGAAUGUUGUCUCGACGACGUUUUGUCUUUGCACGCCGAGGAUUUCAAAAUUGUGGCGGAGUCAAUGAACCAACGGCUCGCGCGCCACGAUGUGCUUUACCGGAUCGUUGACUUUUACUUCGAGGAACACAAUGCCAAAAUUACAGAGGCGCAGAAAACGCAGAUAUGCAAUUCCAUCGACUGCAACAAGCUUUCGCCUCAGAUUCUCCUUCAUGUAGUCCAGAACCCCAGAAUGCCAUUGAGAUUCAUCGUCCGAGCUAUGUUAGUGGAGCAGCUCAACACCCGCCGCUCCAUUUUCUCAGCUGCUAACCACAAAUCUCGGAGUCAUCGCCGUCAGCCUAGCAGAGAGAUAAUCACCCUGGGUGCCAUCCUCCAGCGAGACGCAGCCAUGCGUGAAGCAGCUCAACUCAAGGAAGCAAUGACAGCCACCAGUUCCCGCAUAGAGGACCUGGAAAAGCAGGUGCAGGGCAUGAAGAUUCUUCUGCAAGAUACCGAGCAGGAAAGAGAGAGACCGGUCGAUCGGUCAAGAAACUUUUUGGAUUCUCAAAGGUCUAUUAGUUUCCAUUAUGGUUCCGAGAAUAAGAUAGAAAUAGAGCAUCAUAGAGCAGCCGGGUCGGCGAGUUUCAGGUUACCGGGACGGGAAGCAGCAGGGUCUUCUUUAGAGAAUUCAUGUGAUGAUAUGAGUACUCCAAGAACGAAGAAGAAUAUCGCACAGAGGUUGAUUAAGGGGUUGAGGAGUGCGUUAUGGAAAUCAAAUUCUGGAACGAAGCAGGAACCGGCUAAGGCUAAAAUUUCUAGCAGAGAAGAUGCAAGAAGGGUUAGGGUUGGAGAAAAUGGGUCUUUCCAUCGGAACCAAAGAUGUUCUACCCUGGCCAAAGAAGGGGCAUCUCCACCGUCCAUUUGGGAUUUUGAUUGAUAAAUAGGAGUACAAGUGUGGAAAUGAUCAUGGCUCUUGAGAGUUGUGGGCUAUUUCAUAAGUUCUGGCUAGAAGAAGAAGGAUGAGUUAUGAUCAAGGGAAGCCAUCUCAUUUGAAACUUUGGGUAUUUCUUGAUCUCAUCCUUCUUAAACAUCCAGAUGUAAGGAGAUUUCAGAAAAUAUGAAAUGCAGACAUCAGGAAUAUGUUUACAUAGGCAUUAUGUGCUUAAGGUGUAUCUAACACCAAAUUGGGAUUUUUGAUCACGUACAUUAGAUUGAUAUUGUGUGCUACAAUUUCCCAACCAGCCGGAGAAUUUUAUAUA